UUUAGAUAAAGUAAAAAAGCGCACUGCGGAAGAGAGACGAUUUAUCCACCGGGUCUCAAUACUCGCUGUAGAUGAUAACUCUGUAGAUGGCAACUCUCAAAUCAGUUGAUGAUAUCUAAUUUAUUAUACUUAUCGAUAUCUAAUUUAAGUCGAAGGAUGAAUUAAGAAAUUUUUUGUCCGUUGCAAUACAAUUAUUAUUCGUCAGAAUAUUAUGAGAAAUCGAAACAAAAACAUUCAAUACUUGGGAAACCGAUAAAAUAUUUGUUGCCGUCUCGUUUCUAAGCAACCCCCUGCGUAACUUGCGCAUGAGAACACGUACUGCGGCGAAUAAGUGAUAAGUAUGCACUCCUAAAACCAUUUGACUGUCGAAUUACCUAUCGUCUUCACCUUGAAAUGUACGGAUCAUACCAGAUGUGCAACGUUUCGCGGACUCCCGACCAAGAGCAAAAGAUACAAAAGAUCAAAGAAUUAACAAGUAUUUUAAAGGAUACGGACAAGAAUCUCACCAUAUGCGAAGAAAUAUUGGCAACAUAUAUAAAGAAACGAUUAAAGGAGAAAAGAGAAGAAAUACAAAGAAGGGAUGAACUAGAGAACAGGAUGACAGAGAUAUUGGAAAACCUGAAGACGCGAUUGUUAGUUGAAUAGAACGUCGAUUAUACAUAUUAUUU